GAUGGGACAGAACACCUGGUCAAGCAAGUGGCUACAGGUGAAAACAUCCAUAGUUUGCUGUCUAUUCUGGAUGUGCUGACGGGUCACCCAGGAACGUUCCGGAGUGUGUCUGCCAGAGCCAAGACUGACUCCACCAUCCUGAGGUUGCCUGCCCAUGCCUUCAGCUCCAUGUUUGAGAAGUUCAACGAGUCUGCUGUCAAGGUGGUCCAGAUUAUCAUGAUCCGUUUACAGAGGGUGACAUUUUCUGCCCUGCAUAACUACCUGGGGCUCAGCCAGGAGCUGCUCAAACCGCCCACUCACCCAUCGGCCAUCCCACUCACCAUCAGCCAGCCAACUCACCUAUCGGCCAGCCAACUCACCCAUCGGCCAGCCAACUCACCGAUAGGCCAGCCCACUCACCCAUCGGCCAGCCCACUCACCCAUCGGCCAGCCAACUCACCCAUCGCCAACAGCACCAGCACCACCAGCAGUAAACCUCUGACAGAACCAGGCUCCCACAUGUCAGACUUUGAUGCUGCUCUGAUGAGAGCCAGGGUCUCAGUCUCUGAUGAGAAGAGUAUUGCCACGGCUACAGAAGGCCAUCCCUCAUCAGCAUCAUCAUACCGCUCACAAACACAGGCUGAUGAGAGUCUUAUCCUGGAUCUGGCUGCUAAAGACCUAGUGCACAUUCUGGGUCUGAAGGAUCCGUCCCUGCUGGUUGGACGUAUUACUCUCAGCUAUGUUCGGGCUGGCUCCAUCUUCUGUAGACAAGGCGACCAGGACACCAGCUUGUACUUCCUGGUGAAGGGAACCGUCAGCGUGCUACAGAAUGUUGUGGGCGACUCUUCUAAAGAGGCCUUGAUGUUUCAUGUCGAGCCAGGGGAGAUCAUUGAUGUGCUGUCAGUACUGACAGGAGAACCCUCCUUCUUCACCAUGCGGGCCAGGACCGAUGCCAUCAUGGUGGUCAUCACAAAGUUGGACUUCUACAGCAUGAUGCGGCUGGAGCCAUUUAUAGUUCUCAACGUGGCCCACUGCACCGUCAAGCGCAUGUCCACCUUUGUGCGACAGAUCGACUUUGCUGUGGACUGGCAGAUGUUAGAGGCUGGCAAAGCACUGUUCAGACAAGGAGACCCCAGUGACAGCAUCUACAUAGUGCUGACCGGCCGCUUGAGGUCUGUGCUGACCACAGUCGGGGGCAAGAAGGAACUGGUCGGGGAGUUUGGGCGUGGAGAGCUGGUGGGCAUUGUGGAGGUCUUGACCCAGAAUGAGAGAGCAACAACUGUGCUGGCUGUCAGGGAUACAGAGCUGACCAAGAUUCCCUCAGAACUGUUGAACCUGAUCAAGCUGCGCUACCCACAAGUGGUGGCCAGGCUCAUCCAUCUACUGGGCACCAGGAUCCUGGGCAACAUGCAGCAGAGACACACGGUCAACCUGGCUGUUGGCGUGCCUCUGCACAGUGAAUCAUAUGAGAAGAUAGAAAGGCCAACAGUGGACAACCUGGCAACCAUUGCAAUUGUGCCAGUUUCUGAGGAUGUGCCAGUGACCAAUUUCUCCCUGGAGUUACAACAUGCCUUGCUGGCCAUUGGUUG